AUGCAGCAACCGCCAUCAAUGAUUCCCGUCAUGCCUUCUUUUCCUCCUACAAACAUCACCACCGAGCAGAUUCAAAAGUGCCUUGAUGAGAACAAGAAGUUGAUUUUGGCGAUCUUGGACAAUCAAAAUCUUGGAAAACUUGCCGAAUGUGCUCAGUACCAGGCUCAACUGCAAAAAAAUCUGAUGUAUUUGGCUGCAAUUGCUGAUGCCCAGCCACAGGCACCAGCAAUACCUCCCCAGAUGGCUCCGCAUCCUGCAAUGCAACAGGGAGGAUUUUAUAUGCAGCAUCCUCAGGCAGCGGCCAUGGCUCAGCAACCAGGUAUUUUUCCCCCAAAGGUGCCCUUACAGUUCAAUAACCCACAUCAAAUGCAAGGGCAGCAACAGCAACAAAAACAGCAUCUACACCAACAGGGCAUCCAUGGGCAAAUGGGUAUGCGACCUGGAGGGGCCAACAAUGGCAUGCACCUUGUGCAUGCUGAGGCGGCUGUUGGAGGUGGUGGUCCCCAUGCUACUGCAGGCUUAAGUGAUGUUCGCGUAGGAUACAAGCAAGAUGCCUCUGAGGCUGCGGCCUCUGGUGCUGAUGGCCACGGCAGCUCAGCUACUGGACAUGGUGGUGGAGAUGGGGAUUCAUCCUCGGUGAAGGGUUCAGAGGAAGCCAAGUGA